UUGUUUAUAAUGUAGCUGCAUCUGAAGAAAUACAAAGUGGCUUUGUGUCAUGCUGACUAACAACGUAGGGCAUCAUUUAAUGGUACAUCAAGCAAUGAUUCCAAGAAGCCUGAAGCUGUUGCCUUACAUUUGUGGCAACAGAAUGUUUUCGGGUUACAAACCGAAAAGCAACAUCCAGGACUAUUACAAAAUUCUUGAGCUUGAGGAAGGAUGUUCCCUCGAUGAUAUCAGAAACUCGUACCGAAGUCUUGCCAAAAGGUACCAUCCAGACAGCGGUUCUGCCACAGCUGAUUCUGAAGCAUUUAUGAAAGUAGAAGAAGCAUACAGAGUCGUGCUCAGCGAUGUGGCAAACAAAAAGAAAUCGAACGAGAGUAAUGAAGAGGAGGAAGACCCAUUCAAAUCAAAAGCACCACAGCAUAGACACUACCUGAGUUUUGAAGGUGUUGGUUUUGGAACACCAAGCCAAAGAGAAAAGCAGUACAUGCAGUUUCGAGUAGACCGUGCUACUGAACAAGUGUUGGAGUACCGGAAGCAGAGACUUGAAAGCCAGUAUGCUGUGACUGAUCUAAUGAAAGCCAAAGAUGUGAGGCAGAGCAAAAAGGUGAAAAUAACUCAGGCGGUUGAACGGUUGGUUGAGGACCUCAUCCAGGAAUCGAUGGCAAAAGGCGACUUUGACAACCUCAGCGGCAAAGGAAAACCUUUGCAGAAGUUUUCAGACUGUCCGCAUGUCGAUCCUAUGACUCACAACUUGAACAGGAUUCUGAUAGACAACGGAUACCAGCCCGAGUGGAUCCUGAUGCAGAAAGAAAUACGGGAAACUAUUGAACGGUUAAGGAAGAGUAUAGUGGCAUCUAGAAGUAAGCUUGGAGGCCCGAUGACACCAUAUAGGCAAAAGCAAUGGAAUCGUAUUUGUGAGCAAUUUAUAGAAGACAUCAGGAAAUUAAACAAAAGAAUUGACAACUUCAAUUUAGUUGUUCCUAUUCUGAGCAGACAAAUGGUGCACUUCAAUGCAGACAAAGAAAUUGUUCGAGCACAAAAGACUUACGAAGCCUUGAUGGAAAACAGAGAGGCUUCUAAUUCAGACACAAAGGAAAAUGAAGAGGAAAACGUUAAAAGGUUUGGGUGGAAGUCUUCUCUAUUGAAGUGGUUAAACCUUACAUGA